AAUUGAGUGGUUCGACAGCCGCCAGAAUUAAAUGUCUCACCGCAAUGCUGAAGCAACCUUGAGCAUCAUCAUCAAAACAGGAGAGAGUGAGCAAAGGAACCUUGGGAGAAACACACGUCCAGUUCCAGGCUUUUCCCCGAUACGUCGAUCUCGGAAAAUCGGCAAAGGCUUCGAAUGCCACCCGAGAGAGAAUUUCUGAUUCACGGUUCUUUACCAACGCAACUGCAUAAUCAUCCCUCAGCGUAGAUCCCGGAGAAUGUUCCUUCGCAGUUCCUCUCUCACGGUUCUCAAGGUUUCUCGGUGUCCGUUCUGUGCUGGACCAGACGGAGGAUUGAUUAAAGCAAUAGCAAAUCGUUCGCCAUUGUCAAAAUAGGCGAACACAGUGCCGCUGGAAAAGACAACAGCAAAAGUUAAAACAACGACAGCUACCGGCACUGCAACAAGAUGAAUAACCGAGAUGAUGAAUAUGAUUUUUUAUUCAAAGUGGUACUGAUUGGAGACUCUGGAGUCGGCAAAAGUAACCUUCUAUCGAGAUUCACGAGGAAUGAGUUCAAUUUGGAAUCCAAGUCCACCAUAGGCGUAGAGUUCGCGACCAGAAGCAUAGAGGUUGAUGGUAAAACAAUCAAGGCCCAAAUCUGGGAUACGGCCGGACAGGAGCGCUACCGGGCGAUUACUUCGGCCUACUACCGUGGUGCGGUGGGUGCGUUGCUGGUUUACGACAUCGCCAAGCACCUGACGUACGAGAACGUUGAACGGUGGUUGCGGGAACUGCGCGACCACGCCGACCAGAACAUCGUGAUCAUGCUCGUCGGUAACAAAAGUGACUUACGGCAUUUGCGCGCCGUACCUACCGACGAAGCGAAAGGAUUUGCCGAACGCAACGGUCUCAGCUUCAUCGAAACAUCGGCCCUCGACUCCACGAACGUCGAAACUGCAUUCCAAAACAUACUCACAGAGAUCUAUCGAAUUGUGUCGCAAAAGCAAAUCCGGGAUCCGCCAGAAGGUAGCGUCAUUCGACCGAACCUGGAAAAUAUCGACGUGAAGCCGACCAAUCCGACGACUGAUUCCGUGCGAAAGCAGUGCUGCCAGUGACCACCACAAGCAGAAAUGAUAUCCGGCCGUGAUGCUGCUGCGUCUUCUGUAAUAACAUCAUCAAGAAGCACCACUACUAUAACUACUACUACCACAACUACUACAAGUACCGAUAGUAUGGCAAGCACUACAGCUACUGUCUCAAAAUCAACAGCAACUACUAUUACAGAACAAACUAAAAUUAAUUACAUUCUCGCUCCUAAUGAACCUAUUGCUACUACUCCUACCACCGCCACUCCCACUGGUAAUGCAUCGAACUCGACCAUCGUCGGCGACAGUGGCGGUGGCUCUUGCGACCAUCUGCUCCCACCGGGUGGUCGGCCCGUCAAAGAAAAGUUACAACCCAAUGUCAACAUAUUCACCGUUCGACAGCGAGAGGACGAUCGCUUGUGUACCGCCCUGAUUGGGCCGGCAACUAGUGGUCGGUGUGGUGUAAACGUAGAAACAUCGACACUGAUGAUGCUAAACCCCGCCAUCGAUAGUAACAGUAACACUCGUCGUCCCGGCUAAACGAUUUCCAUCCAACACACCAAACCCAUUCCUUCCGCAUCCCUCAUCCCAGUUUGUGGCGCACUGCGCUCGGCUUUGUUUUCGCCUCUUUAUCGCUGUGAAAAAGUGCGGCCUACCGUUCCCAUUCAAGCCGGUCGCGCCCCCGUAGCAAUAGCGUAGCAAUUACUCGCGAAUUUGUGGUAUCACAGCAAUGUCGUUUUGUUUGUGACGACAACAGCAAGGAAAAGUGUUAAACAGUAAUGGAAAUGUUCUCGGUUGUUCAAUCUGGCAGGCGUGCCUGCGAAGAAUAAAGUAAGAGAGAAGAGGAACAGAAUGCAAUGCAUCGGAUAAACCGCGUAAAUUUGAACAGACGUGAAACUCUAGCCCUCUAUUUGGAAUGGCGCUGUGAAGUACAUCUUCUUUUCCUAGUAACGCAUAUAUAUGGUUGAAGCAGGCGUCGCAGGGUAUGGCUGGACUGUGGGAAUAAAGGAGCAGUGUGUCCGGAAAUUGCAGUGACGGAGUGCUAGUGAUGAUUUUUUAACCUCUCUUGAACGUGAAAGAGAAAAUUACGAUCGAAUGAAAAUGGAAAUAAAAACAUGUGGCUUCGCGGCGAAGCGUAAGUCCCCCCGAUGGCUCCCGAUGAGCAGUUGGUUCUUUCGACAUGAAAACAUGAAACUUGUUAUCUUCAAGCAAUCGGAAGAAUGCAGAUGAUCGCCUGUCCUGCGUAGAAGUUACAAAGGUCGCGGCAGGGCGAGGCUCUGUCAUACUUUUUCUAACGACUGUUGUUGCUCAUCCAUAUCAAAGAUGCAUUCGAUUGUUGGUUCGGUUGCUGGUUGCAACGGUCAGUGUACCCGUGAGCAGAGUAGAGUAAACCAUUCAUUUUGGUUGCCGACUGCACGCACUCCCAUGCCUACGCACUUCCUGUAACCGCUUACAUGUGGUUGGUUUUGUGGCCGCAUUAAGCGACAUCCCGUUGCACUAUCGAUGCUCACACAAUAGUGGCGAAAACACUUCGUUUGGUAAUGGCAGAAAGCACGCUAAAGGCUAUCAAAUCAAAAGAAAAAUGAGUAAUUGAAAUGUGUUUUAAUGUUAGGAAAGUAUCCUAAGAUAUAUAUAUAUCUAUAUCUAUAUAGAUUUUUUUCUUUUAUUUUCAUUCGAAGAUCGAGCUAAUAAAGAAAACGAAAUUCGAACGGAGUUUUGUGAGGUAGUUCGAUUUGAAGUGAAUUGCGGUGAACCUUUGUCGUUGUCGAAGGGCACAGAAGAAAAGAUUAUGGCUGGUAAGUAGUAGAACACGACGCACCUUUGAAUAAUGCCGCGAAAGAUAGGCUCUUGUGGUUUUUUUUAUUGUAUGUAUACUUUAUUUGCUCAGGAAUUAUGCAACACUAGUUUUAACUGUGGUUUAUUAUGUGACUCCAUUAAGAGUUUAUUCACGAUACUGAAACUCGAAACUAAACACGAGUUCUGAGCUUUACUUCAUCUCCCACUUCUUGUAAAACGGUUAUUUUAUGGUUUCAGUUCGGAAAAGGUUUUUUAAAGAACAAACAUUUUUCUAUGUAUUGCGUUUCGAUGCUGUUGUAUAAAGGUUGAGAGCUUUGAAGGUUUGAAUCAUCUGACUAUUGUAGUUGGCUGUGUGCGCAUAAAUUAGAAAACUGGCUGAGAACAUUGAUUAACGGUAAACAAAAGCAUGGACGUCAUGUUCCAUUCAGCUCUAGCUAUUAUUUAUGUAUGAAAAAGUUGACCAUAUAAAAAGCGAAAGUAGUGAAUGGUGAAGAAACAUAUAAAACGAUAUAUAAAUGUACACGUUUAACGGUGUGUAAAGCAGCGGAUUAUAAACCGAAAAGUAACGAUUAUACGCGACGAGUACGUUCAAAAUACGCGGUACCGAAGCUGGAUAUAAAAACUGGGCGCAAAGCUACGGGUGAAAAAUAAUUGCGCAAAAUUGUGACUUUGAAAAUUAGUGAUGAAGAAUGCAGACGAUAUCGAAAAUAAAUGAUGUUGGCCCAAAUUAAUUAAACGUGGCAUCGUCAUCAUGAGAUAUAAACGAAAACGAAAAACCAUAUAACACAAAUAAUUAAAAAAAAUAAA